UUAAGGCCGGCAACUGUAUUGGAAUUUACUUCCAAAUAAUUAUUUAUAUCUACUAUAUUAAUAAAAUAUUUAACACAAUAUGUUACGACAAAUAGUAAAACAAAUAAAUAAAAGUUUGGAUGUUGCACUUCCAUUCGCUCGUUCUAUAUGCACAACCAGAGAACUGUGGGUGCAAGAAGAUACAAAGGAAAAAAUAUCAGAAAAACCUACUAUACUACUGGAAAAAGAUAACAACAUAACUUUAAUUGGCCUAAACAGACCAGAACAAAGAAAUGCAAUUGAUGCAGUUGCAGCAGCCAAAUUAUGUGAAGCGUUUAAUGCAUUCGAAGCAGAUGAAACAUCACCUGUGGCUGUGCUGUAUGGAGUUGGUGGAUCAUUUUGUUCCGGAUUUGAUAUAUUAGAUUUAGCUACAGAAGACAGAGAAGACAUCAGUAUGGAAAUGCUAAUGACUCAAGAAGGAUCUGUUGGUCCAACAAGAAGAUUUAUAAGUAAACCUGUUGUAUGCGGCAUAAGUGGUUAUUGCGUAGCUGGUGGUAUGGAACUGGCUUUAAUGUGCGAUUUACGCGUUAUGGAGGAAACAGCAAUUUUAGGUUUCUUCAAUCGACGUUUUGGUGUGCCUGUUAUAGAUGGUGGUACUGUACGUUUACCCGCUAUGAUUGGAUUUUCAAGAGCCUUAGAUUUAAUAUUAACUGGACGACAAGUGAAUGCUGAUGAAGCGUACAAAAUGGGUAUUGCGAAUAGAAUUGUUCCAACCGGAACAUCUCUGGGUAAAGCAAUGGAGCUAGCAACUACUCUGUCCAGAUUUCCACAAGGCGCACUUAGACAUGAUCGUAAUUCAUUGUACUCUGCAGUUUUCGGUGCUAUUAACUUUAAUCAAGCCGUACAAAAUGAAAUUAUGUAUACAUCAAAGGACAUAAUAGAUCAAAUGCAAGAAGGCAUCAAAUGGUUCAAUAGAACUUUUAAAAGCGAUACUACAUAUUCUUGGAUGAAACGCGAAAUGUCUAUGGCGGACUGGGAUGAUGAAAGGGUAGCCGCCGAAGCUUCUAAGCUAGAACAAUCGAAACAAGCAGAAAAAGCUAGACAGAUAGAAGCGGAAAAAACUAAGAAAGAUGAACAGAAAAAACCUAAGGAAGAAUAAUUUUUUGUACACAUGAAUAUUUUUACUUGUUGCGCUUCUCAUGCUUUAAAAAUACGUUUCUAAUUUACUUAAAAAAUAAUAUUAUUUUGUUAAAAUGGA